AGUGCAUUUUUUUUUGUAUAAUUCUUUUAAUCUCCCAGAGACGAUCAAAACGACGAUUCUAGCGAAGGGCGACGUGCAGCACCACUAAAUAAUCCAAGAGUAUAAAAGUAAGCUAUUCCUCAAUGCUACGCAACGCCUUCAGCUGGCAUGCAUACAUCCCAUACUUUGCCCCUGAAACUGCAGGCAAUUGCUGACGCUGGCUUCCGUUUGGCUGAAAUCGCUUUUCCUGAUCUCGAGGCAUAUGCGCAGCAAGAGAACCCAAACUACAAGAAAAUAGGUAAUAGGGGUCGGGGCGAUGUGGACGUGCUUUGCCAGGUAGCUCGCAAAAUCAGUAGCUUGUGCGAAAAACUAGGACUGAAAGUGCUAGCGGUACAUCCGUUCUCGAAGUUUGAAGGCUAUGAAGAUCUCGGGAAACGAGAAGAGAGCUUUGAUAGGGCCACGACUUGGUUCAAGGUCCUCAAAGCACUGAAUUGCCAGAUGCUACAAGUAGGUUCAACGGACGAUCCUAGCGCAAGCUCCGACUUGAAUGUCAUUUCUCGAGACUUGCGUCAAUUAGCGGACGAGGCGAUUGCACAAGACCCACCAAUAAAAAUUGCAUACGAACUAUGGGCGUGGGGCACGCACACUAAUACUUGGGAAGGUGUGUGGGAGGUAUGUAAACGUGUGGACAGACCAAAUUUCGGACUCUGUCUUGACACCUUCCAGAUCAGCGCACGGACUUACAUGCUACCGGAUCCGCCUCACACCACUCACGAGGAUAUAUUCCCAUCUCCUCCUGGAGUGCCCGUCCCACUUCACCUGACAUCUUCAUUACGGAGACUCACAGAAGUAUUCUCGGAGCCGGCUGCACGAGAGAAGAUUUUCUAUUUCCAAAUUUCUGACGGCUCCGGGCCAGGAAGAGUCUCUUCUGCCGAACUUACCAAGACCGCGAAAGAGAAGGGUAUAUCGCCUUUGUACGCAUGGUCGAAUGCAUGGAGGCCGCUCCCAUAUAUGGAAGAUAUCGACCCGGGAACACAGUACGGCGGGUUCCUUCCUGUGUUAGACGUGAUUGAGGCAGUUUUGCGGACUGGGUGGAGAGGUCCUUGGUCAUACGAGGUCUUCUAUGAGGCAGAUAUGAGUAGGGAUGACCCUGGAGUUCCGCUCAAAUGGACAAAGGCGGCUAUGGAAAGUCGAAAGAGAAUCUUUGAAGCAUUGAAGCCAUUCCACAUGGACUCGAAUUAGUUGCUACGGCAUACAGUAAUUAGAUCGCUCAUCCAAGUGAACUCAAAAAAUGCUGCAAACCUGAGAUUCGCCACCUUGUCAUGCCUCAAAAUGCAUCCUUUACCUGGCACGCCUGAAAUGCCUUUCCUACUUUUUAUUACCUCCCAGUGGUAUAAUGCCGCAUCUUCGAUGUGUCUGGUGCGUGCGAUGGUGACUAGAUUCAAUUUUCUUAAGUUACAGCCUGUCCAGGACAUGAUCGUAGAGAGACAAUGUU